AUGAACGUGGAAGACGAAAACUCUAUCUAUGCAAUAUUUAAACUUAUUGAACAAUCGUCUGUGAUCGUAUGGUUACGUCAAAAUUUUCCCUAUCUAUUACCUUUAUUAUGUAUUGUUGGAAUAGUCGGUAAUUCAAUGGCACUGCUCCUAAUACGGACGAAUUUCUGGCUUCGGCGGCUCACAUCAAACGUGUAUCUGUGUACAUUAUCAAUAUCCAGCUGUGUGUUCCUGUUUACGUUGAUUGUUUCGUGGCUCGAUUCGGCCUAUCGACUCCACAUUUAUAUGGAUUCCGAUAUUGGAUGUAAAGUUUUUACGUUCUUGGCACAUCUAUCCGAUUUCAAUUGUGUAUGGAUGAUUUCGUGGAUAUCAUGCGAUCGAAUGGUAGUCCUGUAUCGACCAGGUUUCCGUAAAUGGGUGUGCACAAAACGAUUUGCACGGAAUUGGAUGAUUUGCACACUGCUAACUUCAAUAGUUUUUUAUAGUUGGGUAUUCAUGUUCGCCGGUCUUGAAGAGUAUAAAGAUGAUUUAUUCUGUGGCCUUAGCAGUAAGGCUCAAGUAUUUGGCUAUCCGGUGGCCGAUCAUUAUUUUCUAUUCACACUCUUGGACACCGCAAUCUGUACGCUGUUGCCAGCAAUUUUGAUUAUGUUCGUCAACACGCUGUCCAUUUACCGAUAUCGUCAAUGUAUGCGCAUCUACUCGUCCGGAGUGCUACGAGUCCGAUUCGACCGUGCGUCUAACGGCAAUCCUAUCCCAUAUGAGGAAACGACGGCGAAGAAACUGCUUCUGAGCCAAACGCACACCAACAGCCACAUGUCGACACAAUCAAAUCGGUCGACAUGUGGAAAACUUCGUUCAUCCGAUCUGCAACUCAGUCGAACACUUCUCAUUGUGACCAGUACUUUCGUUUUGCUGAACGUACCCAGCUACAUGGUUAGGAUUAUUCAGUACAUUUUCGAGCCACAAACGCAGAUAUUCCAUUUUCUUCAUUACUUCUCCUAUCUGAUCUACUAUCUUCAUCACGCUGUUCUAUUCUACAUGUACAUCUUCUGGAGCCCACAAAUGAAAAAACAACUGAAACCAACAGCGAUGCGCUUGCUUGAAUGCUACUGCUUCAAAACAGUACCGGAAUUUGGUCAUCGAUCCACUUCUCAGGGUUUCAACUGA